AUGAUUCCUUGGGUUGAGAAGUACCGACCCUCCACGACGGAGGGCGUUGUGUCGCACGAGCUGAUUAUCGCCGCCAUCCGUGCGCUCAUCCGCGAGGGCCGUCUUCCGCACAUGAUCUUUUAUGGAAAGCCAGGGACUGGGAAGACCACUCUUAUUAAGGCUCUGAUGAAUGAGCUCUUCGGGGACGCCGUCAGUACUCAUGUCCUCGAGCUCAACGCGUCAGAUGACUCUGGCGUUGAUGUGAUCCGACAGACAGUAAAGGGCUUUGUGACAAGUGGGAGCGUCCUGAGCCAGCAGUCUUCGUCUGCAACUAAGUUCAAAAUCGUGAUCAUGGACGAGUGCGAUCACAUGUCGAGCGUCGCACAGGCCUCGUUGCGCCGCUUGAUGGAAACCUCUAUCAAGCACGCGCGCUUUUGUCUCUUGUGCAACUAUCCAGAGAAGCUUCUUCCCGCCAUCUUGAGCCGGUGCUGUGCGUUCCGCUUUCUUCCUGUGCCCCGCGAAUCCUGCCUCCUUAUGCUUGAGAAGAUUGCAGAUGCAGAGGGGAUGCAGAUGGCCCCAGGGGCCCUUGCCGCUAUACAUGCGGUUACCGACGGGGACCUGCGCCAGGCCAUCAACGUCCUCCAGAGCCUCCACCUCAUGACAGAGAAGGAGCUCGCCACGGCGGAUGACGUCUAUAAGCUUGUGGCGAAGCCGCAUCCUGCCCUGGGACGGGAACUCUUGCGACCGAUGCCGUACGUGGAGAAGUAUGGCCAGAUCCAGGGUUGUCUGGCUGCGGGAUGCUCAGCCGAGGACGUGGUCCAGUGUGUGUUCCGGGCCCUGAUGGCCUCGGAAGUGGAGCCGCGGCGGAAGGCCGAGGCGGUGCGGGCCCUUGCGCUCGUGGAGGAGGCGCUCGCGCUCGGGGCGACGCUCGAGAGCCAGGUCGCGGGACUCUCGGCGGCGCUGUGCCGGCACGCUGCGGGCGGGUGA